CAGCCCACCAUAUGAUCGUUCAUACGACAUUAAGUUUUGUCGUUCGAUUACAAAAAAGAAGGCUUUUCCCAAGAAUUCGCCAAGUACCGGAGAGGAAUGAUCAAGUAUAAAUUAAUGUCGUACCGGAGGAACACACCGUGACGGGAAGUACCUUCAAAAUAAGUGUAAGAAAAAGAGAGCACAUGAUGAAGGAACCCCGGAAAAGGAAGCAGCUCAAGCCACUUGGCGAGCCACAUUCCUUGCCCAAGAAGAAAUCUUCAGCCAAACCCACCAAAGAUCCAUACCCAACUUACGAUCCACCAACCCCAGACGAAUGCCGAGCCGUACGAGACUCACUCUUGGCUCUUCAUGGCUUUCCCCAAGAGUUCGCCAAGUACCGGAGGCAGAGACCAAGUGAAGAUCUCCCCCCUGAUGAAAAUGGCUCUUCUUUUUCUGCGGACGGUGCUCCGAAGCCUGGCCCUUCUGAAAAGGAUGACUCGGGUGGUAAUUUGACGGAAAAGGAAACUGUUUUGGACGGUUUAGUGAGCACUGUGUUGUCGCAGAAUACCACCGAGCUCAAUUCACAAAGGGCUUUCGCUUCUCUUAAGUCUGCAUUUCCCACCUGGGAAAAUGUUUUGGGUGCUGAUUCAAAAAGUAUAGAGAAUGCUAUUAGGUGUGGAGGUUUGGCGCCAACAAAAGCUUCAUGUAUUAAAAACUUAUUGAGUUGCUUGCUUGAGAGAAAAGGGAAGUUAUGCUUGGAGUACUUGAGAGACUUUUCAGUUGAUGAAGUCAAGGCUGAACUCUCUCUAUUUAAAGGAAUUGGCCCCAAAACGGUUGCUUGCGUGUUGAUGUUCCAUCUGCAGCAUGAUGAUUUUCCAGUGGACACACAUGUGUUUGAGAUUGCAAAAGCUCUUGGUUGGUUACCAGCUGUGGCUGACAGGAACAAGGCCUAUCUUCAUCUCAACCAACGUAUCCCCAAUAAACUGAAAUUUGAUCUGAACUGUCUUUUAUAUACACAUGGUAAAGUCUGCCGCAGAUGCAUCAAGAAAGAGGGAACCCAGAUAAAAAAAGAAUUAAAUGAUGAUUCCUGCCCUUUAUUACAUCAUUGCAGAAGAAGUUAGUUUGGAAUCACUUGGCAUAUUUGAGUGUAAGUAUUUUGUAAGACUGCCUUGAUUCUGCUUUUCAAUUUUUACUCUAAGAGCUUAGCAUGCUGCAUCUGCUUUCCUUAUUAGGGUGAAAAGGACACUGGGUUCUAUUUGACUGGUUGUUAAAACUCUUUCACCAAUGAUUGACUGUACAAUUUGCAAUGAAGUCAAUUCAAUCAUUAGCCUCCAAAACGUAAUUUCCCCUGUUUGGAUUUUAUAUACGAGGUUAGUUGACUAGAACACGUCUAGUUAGAUUUCUUUCCUGGAAGUAAUACUUCAUUUUGAAUUCGUGCACCGAUCAUUUAAUAACAGAACUCAUAUUUUUCGUC